AUGGGUGGAUCUUAUGGUUUUUCUGAUAAGUGGGUGAAUCUUGUAUGGAGAUCUUUCUCCAAUAUUUGGUACUCUAUUCUUAUAAAUGGUUCAAGAAAAGGUUUCUUCCACUCCUCCAGAGGCUUGAGACAAGGAGACCCUCUGUCUCCUGCUCUUUUCAUUUUGGGAGCUGAAGUUUUGUUCAGAAUGCUAAAUACACUCCAUAAUGACAACCUUUAUACUAGUUUCUCUAUGAACAGGUUUGGUCCUCAGAUAUCCCACCUAGCAUAUGCUGAUGAUGUUAUAAUCUUCACAUCAGGGGACUUAUACUCACUGAACUUGGUCAAAAUCAUUCUAAACAAUUAUGCUAAGUGUUCUGGCCAACUCAUAAAUGAAGAGAAAAGCUGCUUUAUGGUGAAUCCCAAUACCUGUUCUGAUGAGGUUGCUAGAAUCAAAGAAAUUACUGGGUACAAGUAUAAAGAAUUUCCUUUUACCUACCUUGGGUGCCCAAUUUAUGUUGGUAGAAAACUCAUUUCUACUUUCAAUGCUGCUAUUACUAAAGUUGUCAGAAAAACCUCAGGAUGGCAAGGAAAAUUGUUAUCGAUUGGUGGUUGUACUGAUGAGAAGAAGAAGCUUCACUGGAGCUCAUGGGCUAAAAUGUGUUAUCCUACUGAAGAGGGUGGCCUAGGUUUCAGAAGACUGAAGGACAUCAGUGAUGCUUUGGAAAUGAAGAGGUGGUGGAGAUUCAGAACUGAGAAAUCUCUAUGGGCAGAAUUCAUUAAAGUCAAGUAUUGCAGACUUUCUCACCAUGUGGACAGAAAGUAG